AUGGCACCUGCCCAACAUCUUCUUAAUGAAGCUGUUGGUGGUAUGGAUCAACAAAUUGUGCCGUUCGUUUCAGCGACACCUAAUCUCGUUCGGCACAAUACAAAAUGGCAAGAACAAUUAAAGAGUGAGAAAGAAAGAGUUAGACGAAGUUUAAUUACGGGCAAAUACGACAAAACGGAUGAUACAUUAGAUUAUGAUAGUAUACAGGAUGCACUUGUAACUAUGGUCAAUUCAAAGAAUUGUAACAUAAAUACACUUGAUAAUUACACUCAAGUUCUUCCAGUUGCGUCAGUGACUACCACAAGCCAUUCUACUCAACAAAGUAUUAUUGUUGAAUAUGCAUUGAAUAGAGAACAACGAGCUGCAUUUCUGAUAAUAACCAAUCAUCUUGAUGGUGACAAGGAACGUCAUAUAGGUGAACAACGUAAUUCAGGGAAGCUGCGUACCAUCAAACCAGGUGAUACAAAACUUGAAAACCAAUGGAGACUGGUUGAGUACCUUCUAAUUGAUGAGAUGAGUAUGGUUGGUUUAACUCUACUUGCAAAACUCAAUCGAAUUCUUUCCGCUACCAAACAUGCCGAUCCUCAAAUUCCAUUUGGUGGCAUAAACGUCAUAUUUUUUGGUGAUUAUUUACAGUAUCGACCAGUAUAUGAUACACCGUUGUACACUGACUUUUCACAGCCCACUAAAAACAAAUCAGGUCAAUCACGUAGUGAAAAAGAAAUUCAACAACGCGCUGCACGUUCCCUGAUACUUCAAAUCAACUGUGUAAUCAAACUUAGUCAACAGAUGCGAACAGAAGAUGAACGAUACCGUGAAUUACUCGAACGGCUUCGUCAAGGUGACUGUAAUUUGCAAGAUUAUGAAUUAUUGUUAACACGCGUCGUUGGUCAGCCAUCGGUCAGUUCUCUUCGCGAAUCACCAUGGAACGAAGCUCCCAUUUUGGCAUAUCGAAAUGAAGUACGAACACAAUUAAAUAACAAAGCAGCAGUUCAUAAUGCAGCACAACUAGGUCACCAGCUAAUGGUAUGUGUCGCUCAAGAUACCUGCAGAGGCAAAGCAAUUGAAGAUCCUAUACUUAUGAAAAAAUUAUUGGAAUUAUCUGACAGCAAGACGGAACACUUACCCGGUUUGUUGCCAUUUGUUCCUGAGAUGCCAGUUAUUUUAACGCAAAAUCUUGCUAUUGAACUGGGUCUUAUUAACGGCAUAAAUGGAAUAUUUCGACAACUAGUCUACGAGGCUGAUUCUGUAUCAAUAGAUGCUCUAUCAAACACAUAUCCGAACAACACACAAUACGUGCAUCGACCUUUAUAUGCAUUAAUUGAAAUUGCAAGAUCGAAAAUUGAAUGUAAUCUUGAAACACUUCAACCAAAAAUCGUCCCAGUACCGCUAAUGGAACAAACGUUUCGUGUUGACGUUACUAACAUUCUUCCAAAAAAGAAGAAGCCAGAAUCGAACCAGAAGGCAAUGUUGUCGAUUAAAAGACGUGCACUACCAGUUGUACCUGCUUGUUGUAUCAUAACACAUAAGAGUCAAGGUCAAACUUUGAGUAAAGCCGUGAUUGACCUUAAACUGCCGAAUGAAACUGAAGAUAUUGCCGCUGUUUAUGUACUGCUAUCACGUUUAAAACAGUUGAUUGAUGUAGCUAUUUUACGGCCUUUCGAUUACGAAGUUCUCCGAAUCAAGCCAAGUAAAUCGCAAGUUGCUGAAAUUGAAAGACUUGAUAAAUUGUAUAUUGAUACCCAAUUUCGAUUUUCUGAGUAUUUUCAAUAA